AAUGUUGGUUGAAACUCUACAUUGCUUUCUUGACCCAUGAAUGAGUUGUGAUUUGCAGUUUGAGAAAAAAGUGCUGAUUCAGAGUGAGAGUCCUUUGUAGUAGUUUUGGGUUAAGAUGAUAAAAUAUGCCCUUAACAUUUUUGGAAACUGGUUGGUCUUCCUUUCCCCCCAGUUUAGUUUUAACAUAAGAGUAAGACAAAUUAAACAGGCAGCUGGUUCUUCUGUUUGUGACAUUUGGGGGUCUUGUUUGUAUAUCUGGCUGGGUUAGAAGUGCCUAGAGGGCAGUGACUGUCCUACUCUGUGGAUGUUUCACAGAUUAUUGUUUCAGGCAAAGAUCCUGGCAUAGUGCAGGCGCUUGGUGAUUACUUGCUGAAUUGAAUAGUUCUGUAAGACAAGAAGGGUUGUUCUUUUGGUCACGUACCACUGGUCUCAUGGCUGCCAUGCAGAUGGAUCCUGAGCUUGCCAAGCGCCUCUUCUUUGAAGGGGCCACCGUGGUCAUCCUGAAUAUGCCCAAGGGGACAGAGUUUGGCAUCGACUACAACUCCUGGGAGGUGGGGCCCAAGUUCCGGGGCGUGAAGAUGAUCCCACCAGGCAUCCACUUCCUCCACUAUAGCUCUGUGGACAAGGCCAAUCCCAGGGAGGUGGGGCCUCGUAUGGGCUUUUUCCUUAGCCUGCAGCAGCGGGGGCUGAUGGUCCUGCGCUGGAAUGCAAUUCGAGAAGAGGUAGACCUGUCCCCAGCCCCAGAGGCUGAGGUGGAGGCCAUGAGGGCCAACCUCCAGGAGCUGGACCAAUUCCUGGGACCUUACCCAUAUGCCACACUCAAGAAGUGGAUCUCACUCACCAACUUCAUCAGUGAGGCCACAAUGGAGAAGCUGCAGCCUGAGAGCCGACAGAUCUGUGCCUUCUCAGAGGUGCUUCCUGUGCUGUCCAUGAAGCACACUAAGGACCGGAUAAAGCAGAAUCUACCUCGCUGCGGCACUGAGUGCAAAAGCUACCAGGAGGGCCUGGCCCGGCUGCCAGAGAUGAAGCCCAGAGCCGGCACGGAGAUCCGCUUCUCAGAGCUGCCCACACAGACAUACCCGGCAGGUGCCACGCCAGCAGAGAUAACCAGGCACAGCAUGGACUUGAGUUAUGCCUUGGAGACUGUGCUCAGCAAGCAAUUCCCCAGCAGCCCCCAGGAUGUGCUCGGUGAACUCCAGUUUGCAUUUGUAUGCUUCCUCUUGGGGAAUGUGUAUGAGGCAUUUGAGCACUGGAAGCGGCUCCUUAAUCUCCUGUGCCGGUCUGAAGAAGCCAUGGUGAAGCACCACACCCUCUACAUCAACCUCAUCUCCAUCCUGUACCACCAGCUUGGCGAGAUCCCCGCUGACUUCUUUGUGGACAUUGUCUCCCAGAACAACUUCCUCACCAGCACCUUACAGGUUUUCUUUUCCUCCGCCUGCAGCGUUGCCGUGGAUGCCACCCUGAGGCAGAAAGCUGAAAAGUUCCAAGCUCACCUGACCAAGAAGUUUCGGUGGGACUUUGAGGCAGAGCCAGAGGACUGUGCCCCAGUGGUGGUGGAGCUCCCCGAGGGUGUGGAGACUGCCUAACGGGGAAUACUGUCAGCCAGGGGAGGCCCCUUCCCACACAGCUGCAGUCCUGGCCUCUCCAUUCAUCCCUUCCUACCAGGACCUGUAGGGGUAGUGGCCCCACCAGGUUCUGCAAAGUUAGAGCCAGAAUUCCCUCUUUUACCAGUAAAUAAGUUUCUUCAGUACCAAAGAGGCUAUGUGCAUCCUGAGGGCACAUUCAUGGGCUCCCAUCAGCCUGGCCAUGGGACUAACCUAACUGAAUUCUAAAUGGGCUCUUAUAGAAGCUCUCGGGAGAGACCUGCCUCAGCAGCACCCCUACUUCAUUCUGAAUGAGAAGAAUGUGAGCCAAAAACCCAAGAGAACUGAUAGCUCAUUCCAUAGGAUGGUUAGAAAACAAGACACCCUGGACUGCACAGGGUCUGAGAUCUCCGUUGGUGACUUUAAAAGUUAACUAGAAGUUCCUAGGGAAAUGAGCUAGAAUUUCUGUCUGUCCCUUGUUGAAUGGGAACACGUCACAGAAAACACAGGCCUGUGACCACUCAGGAGCUCCAGAUUGGGAAGGGGGAACCCAGAAGACAGGUGGGUUGAGUCUGACGAGUGGUCAGCUUUUGCUUUCUCCGUCAACAUCCCUUCCUCCUGUCCAGAGGUCCCAGUGGGUAAUCAUCCAAGACUGUUGUGGCCCCUGACCUCAGGGGCCUUGCUGAUGCCACGUUCCUCUCUUCCAUUCCACUCUGAGACCUCAGUCCCAGAAGUGGGACUUGGCAGCCCCUCUGUACAUCCCCAUUCCUCACCAGAGCCACCAUGACUAUUUCUGAUGACCUGGAGAUUCAACAACAAAGAGGAAGGUUCUUGCUCAGAAUAGGCUUCUUUGGCCCUGCUGAAGUUCUCUGUGUUCAGAGUUCUGGAGAUGACCUGACCCACCUGGAUCUUCCCAGUCCUGCUGUGGAGCUGUCAGCCACAGGAGUAAUGAUGCUCCCAUUCCCUUGGAGUCCUGAGGGUGUACCCACAUACAUGGGUCCUGCCACCCUGACCUCAAACUGUUGUACUACGAUCAGAAUCCCUGCGCCAUUCUUUUCCAAGGCUGCGGCUCAUACCAGGUUUCUGAAUGAGAAUCCGUGCUGGUUAAGACUUUUGGUUCCAUUUGUUUCCUUGGAGAUGUUUUUCCAAGAGCAUAACGUACAUUAAAGUCUUUGAGUUGAGAUUAAA